AUGGGCAACCUCACAAGACUUGCUGAGAUCUCGGUUGUGCCUCUCAGUGCGACAGUGGGCCCUAAGUGUGCAAAGAACGGAGUGUGCGUGGUGAAUCAGGAUGCUGUCACGGCCUUCUGCAAUUUUUGCCCUAGCUUCUGCCAGUCCUGCUCGCCCCCAGGCCUCUGCAUCAACUGCAAAGGCUCAUACCCCAUCAUACCCCAUCAUACCCCAUCAUACCCCAUCAUACCCCAUCAUACCCCAUCAUACCCCAUCUUUCCCCUUCUUUCCCCAUCUUUCCCCAUCUUUCCCCAUCUUUCCCCAUCAUACCCCAUCUUUCCCCUUCUUUCCCCAUCUUUCCCCAUCUUUCCCCUUCUUUCCCCAUCUUUCCCCAUCUUUCCCCAUCUUUCCCCAUCUUUCCCCAUCUUUCCCCAUCUUUCCCCAUCUUUCCCCACCUCCACUCUCUCCCUGCGUCCAUGUCCUCCCCCUGUUAGACCCCUCGCCACCACCAGCACCUGCAACCACCAGCAGCAGCGGCUUGUCAACGGGGGCAAUCAUUGGCAUCGUGUGUGGGGUGGUGGUGCUGCUGCUGGCGCUGCUGGGUGGAGUCCUCUUCUACCUCCAGAGGAGGAACAACAAGAGAUGAGUUCACCCAUAUUCUUCGUUCUCUCCCCUCCCUCAUCGCUCUCCGCCACAAUUUCCCCAUCCACUCACCCUCUCUUCCCGGCUCACCACCCUCCGCAGGUGAGCGAGAUGGCAACGAAGCACCACCCCAACCUGGUGCGCCUGCUGGGCUACGCCACGUGUGGGGACCUGCGGGAGCGCAUCGAGCAGAUCCUCGUCUACGAGUUCAUCCCCAAUGGGGAUCUUGACAAGUGGCUCGGCAAAGGUGGGUGGGAUCUGGGUUUCGGUAUUCUCAUGCUGGUAGUGCUCACGGGAAAGCAUGCCAACUUUGACGAUAACGGCCGCUCCUGCUUCCUCCUCGAAUGGGUCCGGGAGAAGCUGAGCAAGGGGUCAGCGGAGACAAUCACAGACCCGCGCAUGGGCCCCGCUCCCCCAGGCGCCCUGCAGCGCAUCACAGACCUGGCCAUGCACUGCACUGCCACCUUCACUGCCGACCGCCCCUCCAUGGCCCGCAUCGCCCAGGAGAUGGAGGCUCUACGAUCCGAGGUAAGCGGUGGCGAGGAGCCGGUGCACAAGUCUCACAAGGUGGUGGAUGCAGAGUUGAAGGAGCGGAUGCAGGAGCAGAAGCAGAUCAGUGAGACGAUGGUGAGUGUGCUCACGUCGAUGAACACUGGGAGCAUGGGGAGCGGGAGCGUGAGCAGCUUCUGGGGAAUCAGAGAGGCGGGGAGAACAGGGGAUGUGAGCAGCAAGGAUGCGCCCCCGCCAGAGGUGUGA